AUGUUCAAAAUACCGUUGAGGAAAUCGAACGAUGUGAAAUGUUUGCAACUGAUAGACCUGCAAGGCUCACUAGAGACCCGACCAGAGAAAGACAAACCUCUCAAUUCUGUAACUUUGGGAUCUCUGACCUUUUCCGAGAAGAGUGACCAAUCAAAAGAUCGAUGUUCUUUGACCAUCGAAAGGCAAAAGUGUGAUGGAAAGAAAAUUGCUUUGAAAAAGCCUCUUUUAAUUUGUCGGAAAGUCAUCAACGCACAGAAUAAUCAAACUGAAUAUAUUAUUGUAGGUGUAGCGAAAGAGAAGUUACAAUUUCGUUCAAGACCAACGCCACUCACACCCUCCCCUCAACAACAAAAAACCAAAACAAUUGAUUUUGAUGAAAUGUCAUCAUCGUCGCCUUUGAAAUUGUCAUCUCAAGAAAGUGUGGCUCGGACAUUGUUCUUCUCUCCAAAAACUAAAAAGGAAGAGAAAUAA